GAAAAAAGGGCUUUCAAGUCAGUCUCCAGUAAUGCAUACUAUGGCAGCAGAAAUCUACCAAGGCACCCUUUAUCAUAAUGGUACCGGUAAUCAGAAUGAAGACUUGCGAACCAAGAAACAUGCAACCUCCUCGUUUUCCGGUGUCAUCGGAGGAAUUUCUCCUAGUCGUGUAUCCGAGGGUGGCGUUCUUCGUACACCAACUUCGCUCCGCAGUUUCGUCCAGCCUUUAGAUCGGGAUUUGAGACGUUGCAACAGCGUCACGCCUGUUGUAGCCGAGAUAUGGAGCCCAGCUUUGGUAUCGAGCAGCCCUUUUCCACUCCGAAGGCUCUCAUUGCGUAUCACUUCCAUCACAAACGGCUCGGUUCUGAGCUUAAGCCCAGUGAACCCUCGUUUAGCCAAUAUGCCUCGUUCAACUGGUCCUCGUCUUCGCAUCUCUUCGUCAGCGAGAUUCAUGCAAGUGAACACAUCUGAGUCGGUUCACAGCUUCAGUGCAUCUCCGUUCGCAGUCCGACGUGGGUUCUCAGGAGCAUCUGUGAAGAUACCUCACCCCUCGAUCCGUCUGGAAUCCCCUUGGAGCCCCUCAGACAAGACGCUACCUUAUGAUGUGUGGAUGAAUUCAGAAGGCGUCCUAGCCAACGUUCAAGGCCCUGUCUCCGUCUCACUCAAUGCUACGAAAUCUUCCCAAGAUGAAGUUGUAGUCCUCCAACAUGGACCUUACACGACGCUUCCAUGUGCUCCUUCUUCUCGGUUCUCGGACGACGAAGACGACUUUAUAUCCAUGUAUUCGAAUAUCUUCGACCUUCCGGAAGAAGAGAAAUAUGAAGAAGAAGGAUCCAGCAAGGCACAUCUCAAGGUGACUCCUUCGAUGUCAAUGGUGCAGACAAGGGCUCUCCUCCCGGCGGAGCCGCAGCUGUUUUGGUGACGACAACUCCUGUCGAUGACUCCGCUGUUAUCAAAC